ACAUCCCUAACGAUAUAAAAAAAAUAGCUGUCAAAAUAAAUUGUAAUUUUCUUCUAAAAAUCAUAAUUAUUUCUUAUUUCUAUCGAUUAGAUUAGGACAAUGAUAAAACUAUUUUCUUUAAAACAACAAAAGAAAGAUGAAGAGGGAACGCCACGAGCAGGAGGUUCACAGAAAAAAGCGUCAGCAGCGCAGUUGCGGAUCACAAAAGAUUUGAAUGAACUGAAUCUGCCGAAGACAUGUAGUACAGAGUUUCCAGAUCCAGAUGAUCUCCUUAACUUCAAAUUAAUCAUAUGCCCUGAUGAAGGCUUCUAUAGAGGAGGAAGAUUUGUAUUUAGCUUUAAGGUAGGACCAAACUAUCCGCACGAACCUCCAAAGGUGAAGUGUGAGACAGCAGUGUAUCAUCCCAACAUCGACCUGGAGGGAAAUGUCUGCCUCAAUAUACUCAGAGAAGACUGGAAACCUGUGCUCACCGUCAACUCCAUAGUGUACGGUCUACAGUAUUUAUUCUUGGAACCAAACCCGGAGGACCCACUGAACAAGGAGGCGGCCGACGAGCUGCAGAGCAACCGGCGACUGUUCGAGCAGCACGUGCAGCGAGCCAUGCGCGGCGGCUAUGUCGGCUCCUCCUACUUCGAGCGCUGCCUCAAGUGACCACGCCACCACAAACAGACCUCUAUACAUAAAUAUAAAUAAAACAAUCUCACUUUAAGAAUUUGAUUAAAUUA